UGCUGAGUGCGCAGGCGCGAAGGUCGUGUGAUUGGUGGCUGUUGUCACAUGAAACAGCAGCAGGAAGCGAGUUGCUGUUAGCUGAAUUUCAUAGCUGCACGAUAAGAUGCGAAUAUUAAUAUUAAAGUCACAGAAUUGCCUGUAAAUUGAAGACGUCCCAAAUGAGUCUGCGCGCUCUGUGGGUUAUUUCUCACGAGAAGGGAGAAAAUGUGUCAAUACGCUUUGCGAGGAGGUUUGCUACUGUGGAGCACCGUGCAAAGAUCCUGGCAGCCUCCACAUAUGUAGCAGUCCCAGAAGACAACACUGUGCUGCAGCUCCUGCUCACUGAGUUGGGGCUCUCAUACUCAGAUAAGCCUUAUGUAGCUCUCAGAGAUGAUUGCCUUUAUCGUGAGCGAUCACCGGCCCUGGAGCUGCGUGUGGACGCUCCUAGAAAGGGAACACUUUGGCCAGUGUUGGCCAUCUCACAGGGGCCUCUUACCCUAGCUUGCCUUCCUUUAGUGGAUGCCCCUGCAGAGCCACGACCACCCCUUUCCAGCCUGCUGUCUGUCUCUCAGGGCCUCACACUCUUGGCAGGUCUGCAGAGUUUCCUCCUCGGCUCUGGGGGUAAGCCUGAUAGCGAGGGGCUGGCCUCCCGCCUGGCGAUGCUGCCCUCUGUUUUCUUGCAGGUUUGUCCACUUGGCACACCCCUGGAUGUGCCACAACUAGGGCCACCUGCUACACCCACGGUGCCCACUCCUGCUGGGAACCAGAAGCAGCCAGCUUGGAAGACAGGGCUCCACCGCGGUCGAGCUGUGGUUAACGUGGCGUUGAUAGAAACAGUGCGCUCCAUGCAGUAUGGUAACCAGAGCAGACAGGACCUGUGGGAUGUUUAUGGCACUGUGACAUGCAAAUGUGAAGUGGAAGGAGUGCUCCCAAAUGUGACUGUGACCCUCACACUGCCACCAAAUGGUUCUCCACUGCAGGACAUCCUGGUCCAUCCGUGCGUCUCCUCACUGGAUUCCAGUAUUCUGACUGCCAGUAGCGUGGAUAACUAUGACGGCUCAGCUUUCUCCGGGCCGUAUAAGUUCCCCUUCUCUCCUCCUGUGGAGCCUUUUAGACUAUGCAGCUAUACAUCUCAGGUCCCUGUGCCCCCUAUCCUCGGUUCGUAUCAACUGAGGGAAGAAGAGCACCAGCUGCAUGUGUCAGUAACCCUCAAACUUCACGAGAGUGUCAAGAACAGUUUUGAGUACUGUGAAGCACACCUGCCAUUUUUUAACAGGGAUCAGAUGACUGUUGUGGAUGUGAAGGUGAGCUCAGGACAGCUGGAUGUUUCAAAGGAGAAGAACCUGCUGGUCUGGGGGCUGGGUCAAAAGUUCCCUAGAUGUCGUGAGGUCACAAUGGAGGGCAAAAUCAGCUUUUCUGGGCCAACACCAGGACCUACUGACCCCCUUUGCACAGAACUUACAGCCUACAUAAAAUUGUAUUUCAAAGUGCCUGACAUGACGCUGUCUGGGUGCUGUGUGGACCAGCAUUCAGUGCAGGUUUAUUCCUCAGCAAAACCACGGAUUGCGACAUCCCGAGAACUUCAAUCCAAAGAGUAUUUCAUAUGGAAUUCAACAGGAAGUGCUCCGGUGUCCUCUGGGCAGAUGAUGCUGUAGCAUGGAGACGUUAACAGCAGAUUGGUAGAAAAGUGCUGAGUUCACUUCAUUGUAACAGGUCUGAAAGUGUGGCAUAUACAGUAAUCCAGACUGGAUAUGUGACCCCAUAAUAUUCCUGUUUUACUAUCAUGUUGUUACUGCAGAGCUUACAAAUUAAAACAAGUUCAAAAAAUGAGUAGGUUUUACAUGUGUUUAAAUAGAGCUGGUUGAUAUGAUGGUGUAUACUGUGAUAACAGUGUAAAAAUGCCUAUUGUAUAUACUUUUCCUGUCUGUGUCUUUUCUAUCGCAAUAAAAACCAGUUGCUGAACUGCACUUUGGCAGUAUUUAUGUAAUUUGGAAGUUCCU